GCUUUGGCGGAAAUUGCCACCGGCCAACGUCCAUGCAUUGAGAAGGUUCUGGAUCUGGAGUCAUGGAGGCACCACCCAACACCAACAUCUACGUUGCAGACCUCCCUCCGGGAAUCGAUGCCAGCACUGUGCAGACCAUCUUCAGUGAGUAUGGUACUAUCGUCUCCGGCCAGAUCAAGGUGAUGGCUGGCAAUGCCCCUGGACGCAAGUCUGCCGCGAUGAUUCGAUUCUCGACUAUAGAGGAGGCCAAGUGGAUUAAGGACAACUUGGACGGAAACAUCCCACAAGGUUUGACCGAAGCGGUGAUUGUGAAAUACGCUGACACGCCAGAGAUCAAAGCCGCCAAAGCCAUGGGUAUGGCCGGAGGCGGAAAGGGCUGGCAGCCUAUGAAUGGCGGUGGCAAGGGCUAUGGGAAGUCGAAAAGUCCUGCAGCCAGGAGCAUGCCGUACAUGGCUCCGGCUAUGAUGGGAGCUAUGGCAGGCUGCAUGGGAGGUCCCGGGAAGGGCAAGAUGAACGUCGGAGGGAUGAAAGGAGGUGGCAAAGGACAAUGGGGCGGUAUCAAGGGCUUGUUCACUGGCCUGUUGGAGGCCAAGGCUCUUCCUGGGGCAGCUGACAGUGACAAUGACAGGAAUGCCCUCUACGUCUCCGGAUUGCCAUCGGACACACAGGACGUCGAUCUCUACAGGAUUUUUGCCCCAUUUGGUGCAAUUGCUCCUAAGGGCGUGAAGGCCAUGCAGAAUCCAGAUGGCAGUUGUCAAGGUUGGGGGUUCGUGAAUUACCUGGACGCAGUGUCGGUGACCUCCGCCUCGGAUAUGCUCAACGGGACGCAACAGGCGGAUGGUCGAGAACUCAUUGUGAAGCCCAAGGACGCCAAAAAGAUGGUCUGAAUGGCAAAUGGCGAGGAAAGCUGAGGGGUUGCGGUUCAACAAAUACCAAGGCUAAGAAAGUUGCGGUAUACACAGAUUACUCAGAUAUGACUCAGCAUUCCCAUGAGACAAUGACCCCAUUUGGUUGCAGAUGACCAGAUGGUCAGCAUUGGCUAUGUAUUCGGAUCCAGCUAUCGCCGCCGCAGUUUUAACCAACUAUGCCCGCUGGGAGCGGUUCAAAAGGUCCGAAGAUCGCUUGGUGGUU